ACCUAUACAGUGCCAAUUUAUACUCUCAACUCCUCAAUUCUCAGCUAACCACAAAAAACCGGUAGGAAAGAAAAGGGGGAAUAAAUAUUCGAAACCUUUCCUGAAAGGAGGAAGCAAAUUUCGAAACCCUAGCCUUCUCUCUCUAGUUGCAGAAGAAGAAAAAUGGUGUUCUACUUCAAAGCGAGACCUGAGGCUGGAGAUUACACCAUCUUCAUGGGCCUCGAUAAGUACGAGAACGAGGAGCUCAUCAAAUACGGCUUUCCUGAAGACGUUUGGUUCCAUGUGGAUAAAAUGUCAUCCGCCCAUGUCUAUCUGAGAUUGCAUAAGGGCCAAACAUUUGAUGAUAUACCAGAAGGCGUACUGGAAGAUUGUGCACAAUUAGUCAAAGCAAAUUCCAUCCAAGGAAAUAAGGUGAACAAUAUUGAUGUUGUUUAUACUCCAUGGCAUAAUCUUAAAAAAACUGCCUCCAUGGACGUUGGCCAAGUUGGUUUUCACAACUCAAAAAUGGUUCGUACCGUCAAGGUGGAGAAACGAAUAAAUGAGAUAGUUAAUAGAUUAAACCGGACAAAGGUGGAAAGGAAACCUGAUUUGAAAGCUGAGCGAGAAGCAGUUAAUGCAGUAGAAAGAGCUGAAAGGAAAAAUCAGCUGAGGGAAAAAAAACGACGUGAGGAAAUGGAGAGGCUUGAAAAGGACAGACAGGCAGAUUUAAGGAGCUAUAAGAAUUUGAUGGUAGCGGAUAAGAUGACAUCUAAUAAAGAUAUCGCAUCAGGCCACAAGACCCUUCAGGAGUUGGAAGAGGACUUCAUGUGAUUUGUGAAUGAUUCAAUGAAUGAUUCAAUUUUUCUCCAUUCUCCAAAAUGCCAAAAUUAUCCAUCAGUUCUUGGGGAGUGGUGGUUGAGGUGGUGGUGUUUGCCGGCAGGGAUGAUUUUAUGUUGUGAAGCAAUUUAACAUAAAUAAGCUCGUUGUGCAAUGGGAUUGUGUCUUCAGUGUGCCUCUUACACGCUGGUUGUGAAAUGAGAUUCGAUCUCAGAGCGCGAGCUUAUCUUGUAUUGGUAGCUUGUGUACUUGGAAAUUGUGAUAAUGACGAAAAACAGUGUCUUAUACGUGUCUGCAGAUGA